AUAUUGACCGUCAUCUCAAGCUGCAGUGGCUCUUGCUGCAAAAACCCUCCAUAUGUAGGAAACGGUGCGUGCAACAAUGGAAAAACCAAGGAGUAGACGGAGUGAGUUUCUGGUGUCUUCAAUAGAAGUCCUUUCCACAAGAAGCGGUUUUCUUUUCUACUGGGUAGUCGAUGAUCAAGCACAUAUGUAUAUAGCUCAAUCGGCUAUAAUCUAAAAAAAAAACUUAGAAAGCAGUCUCGACCUUUGGCAGGUUAGAUUACAUAGCUCUCUUUCGCUCGCAGGUCAAGUACAUGUUCUUAUUAUUUUAGUAUUGGGCACCAUCUAAUAGUAAAUGAUAAUAUUCACAAACUGUCAUGCAAAAACGUUUGAUAUAUAUACGGAUUCUAGCUUUUCUGAUUUUGCUUCUAUUGUUCUGCUAUGUCUGCACCAGACUUGUCUUUGUAGCUUCAGUACAAUAACGCUGUAACAUUUAGUUAACUCUUUGCAGUGAAUUUCAUCGAAAUUAUUAAAAUAAGUAAGGGCGUACGUCGGUAUUUGACGUUAUUAUGACAUCGGUCUAAAUAAGGUAUAUACCUGGUUGUCUGACCGGUGACGUUUGGCGUUGAUGUAUGUAUAAUGUUGUUUCCUUGUAUUCGAUUUCCUUGUACCUGACACUCAGUCCACCAGAUUUAUCUAUAUAUAUACACAGAUAUCGGCAUACAUUAAGCGAAUGGACGCGCCGCCACUCGUUCCACAUUGGACACCUUCAUGAGCGUAUAGGUCAGUGGCCAUUAUGUACUUGUUUUUGUUGCCAAAUGAAAACCAUCACCUCUAUUUGAUUCUUCUUCACUUUUAUCUUUUUCGACAUUUUCAGUUUCAUUAAAAAAAUCACCAACACUUCAACCUUAAAGAAAAAUUCUUGUUUUUAUACUUCCCUUCUGAGUCACCUCUACCGAGCAUAUACCGAUCGAUCUGUCUGCCUAUCAGAUAUACACGUCCCACAAGAGUCUACGUUCGCGACAAAGAACGUUUCGCUCCGAUUGAAUCCGACUCUGAUCGAUCCAUACCGUUAGCCGCCAAGCGGUACUGAUCUGCGCCGAAGUACGCCACCUCAUCCAUCGGCACCGAGCACCAAUUCGCUCACUGUGCGUUCACGAAGCGGUUGCUCAUAUCGAGCGGAAUACAUAGCGUGCGGAAUUAGGUCACUGAGUCAGCCGAACGAAACCAGCUAAACAAGACAGCAUGAGCUACAACAACAGCGGCGGUAGCGGCCGCUGCGGCCUAAAUAGAGGCAUCAACAAUGCGCUUUGAGGGGCACCCCUACGAGCGAAGAUAGGCUUUUCCUAGUAUCGAAUUGAGCAAUCCAUUCAUUCAGCGAAACAAGGCACAUAUUCAGGGGUUCAAGAUUGUGUCCAUUUGAGUGAACGAAUUACAGUGAAGGCUUGAUCUGAGGCAACAAGACUUUACCAUAUUCACAGAAGCUGUCAUGGAUUUGAAAUAAAAUUAUUCUAUGUUGUUCUUAUAGGAUUAUGUGGCGUACCGGGGGCUUUUAUAUAUGACGUUGAGAGCAAUUUAUAUGUAGAUAUUUUUUUAAGGGUUUCAUAGUUGCUAUUGGCCAUCCAUAACAUAUUUCGCGCAUGAAUAUAUGCGCAAACUUUGCUCUCACUACCUCUAUGUAGACAACGUACAGCUGAUGAAAUGAUGCAAAUCGAAUCGGAUUUCGUGCAUAUUUCUCACAGGAUUGUAUUCAUGUUAGUGGUACCGCUAAUACUGUUCCUUCGAUCCCCUGAACAAUAGUGAAGUCCUACAGAAGAACAAAGGCGCGGUAUAAAGACACCGUUGAGCUCUACUCAAGAUUUCGCCUUGCUCGUCUUAUAUAUAGAUGAAGCAGCAAUUUUUAGUCCGCAGUGGGGUCCAGUGUUGCGUAGCUGAGACCUUUAACUCGACUAGCCCGGCAGGAGACAUGUUCGAUGGCCUAUCACCGGCUACUCGUAUGGGUCUAACUGUCUGCGUCAUUGAUGGAGUCUGGAUCUGGACUGUAUGUAGAUAUACCGUAACUGGUCAUUUUGGCCGAGUUGGCCAGGCUUGCUAUGUCGGAUUCGUUGACCCGGUGGUGACGUCACAUCGAAGUAUUCGUCGCAACUGAGCACCACAAUAAUGGCGCUGAACCCGCAGCACGACUAUCGACUCAUUCUUCUUGCCUCGAGAUCUCCGAUCUCUCUCGUCUUGUCCUUGUCUACUUCAUCCCCUACUGAUGCACGAUCUUUCUAAGUUGGCCGAUUCUCUCUGGAUCUUCGUUUCUUAUUUCGUUCUAACAUAAGACGAGUAGGCCGCGUCAAGAGAAAAAAAACGCUGACCUGACUCCCGACGAGAAUAAGAAGCGAAGCAGAAGGAUAGGUGAUCCUACAUCGCUUGCUCCGAUAUAACGGCAGUGACCGUAUCGUGAUCGCGCCUCAGCUGCGGACCACCAGCCCGUUGCCGAAUAAGCAGCUUGCUAGUGAAGUUCAAGUUUGCACAUUUUUUUUUUCUGAUUUAUUUUUUCCCUUUUUUGUCUUUUCCUUUUUCUUUUCCUCGAGUUAGGCCUGAAUAGAUUGCACUCGAUCGUCGUCAAUGAUCGAACUAGUUGGUGGCCAUUUUGUCGGUGUGGUCUUAUCGUCGCAAGACGUUUAGGCCUGAUAAGUUUCAUAGAGGAAGUAUGAGGGAUAGAGGCAAUUGAUGACCCUGUAUGUUUGAUAGAGAGCUUUGCACCGUUUUAGUUCAUGAUCCUGAUCCGCUGGUCUUCGUCGUCUGGGGCUGUCUCGAGUCUUUUAAGGGAGUAGGUAAAGGAACGGACGCCUUUUGGGGUUCACCCCUUCACCUAAUCUUCCCCUAUGGUAAAAGGAUGGAUGCAGAUGAUCAAUAGUCAAGAUUAUUUCGGCGAUCUGCUAAAGAUCUGUUCUGCCAAUCGCAAAAAGACUCGUAGGUUAGGUUGUAUAGCAUGACAAUAUAUGUAAUGUUGUUUUUUCAGAAGUUAUAGUUUACGCGCUAACAACUGACCGUGAAGUGGUGACCAGGAAGCGAUUGGAAAGCAUGCUUGAAGCAGAUUUGUUGAGAGCGGAUUUUUUAGAAGUUGGCAAGAAAAAGAAGAUGCCAUGAUUGUAUAGGUGUUUGUGUUGAUAAAGACAUCGGAUUGUCCCCAUAAAAUGUUACGAUUAUCGUGCGUUUCAAAGCAUUCAAGCUACAGAACGUCCCUGCAAGGUCGAGUGUAUUGCGUACUAUACCACGGAAAUUCGCGUUCAGUCAGAUCAGUUUUUGUACUUCAUCCUCGAGUCAUUUCCUACACGUUCUUCAUGUCCUUCAUACCAACUUUUUGGACAACACUCCAUACUUACUAUUCAGCUACCUGCAUUUCGACGAAUACCCGCAUAUGAACAUACCGAGGUCACAACUAGUCCUAUUCCUAUAUACUCAUACUCAAUCAAGCUUGCGUGGGGUCAACACUUCACUUAGGCGGCACACAGUGCCCCCGUGAUGGUGCAGUGGUAACGUGUUUACUUCCCAUUAAAUUCAAUAAUAUUUGAUAAUGAGGUGGGGUUCAGAAUCAGCACUGAACUGCUGCACACACAAUCAACCUUCUAAUGCUGGAGAAACCGCCACCCGUCUGAAGCAGCAAUGAUUAACUAGUUCAAGUUGAUACUAGACCUAAAACCCGAAACAUUCAUAGGCAAUGCAAAUGAUGCGUCGCACAUGCGUCACCCUCUUCGAAGCCGCGCUUAUCGCCUCCCCCUCACAAUUGCCUUUGCUCAAGAAUAGAGAAAUGACCGUCUAUCGCUGUUCAGCAACAUCAGUGACAGCAACAUUGUCUCGUCUCUGGCCUUUUUCAACUCCGGCUAGCUUAGUUAUUUUGUUCGUUGUUGUCCGGCGCCUGGCGAAUUGGCUGGCGCCUCGCGUCAGUGUGCUGCCAGGCUGCACGCUUAUCGCCCACCGUUCAACAUCGUUACUUCAACGGCCAACGAAAACAACGAAUCACCAGUAGCGAUUGUCGCAUGGCUAGUUGCCGCAGUAACAACACGAUCAGCAACAGCAACACGUACUGUUGAAGCGUUCGGGUGUUCUGUGCUCGGACUACAACCUCCACCCCCUCAGUCCUUUACGACACUCGUAACUCGUGCAUGUUUAGUCCUCGGCUCCUGAUUUGGACUGCGUUGAUUGGCGCAGCCUGGGAGCCACGCUCUGAAUGCGCCGGCAAGCCCACUAGCACCGGCAGCAGCCGUCGCCGUCAUAUUAUAGUAACAGUAGUAGUAGUCAUUUUGCUCGUGGAGUAACUCGUCGGUCACAGUGGCACCGACAGCAACAACAGACGCCGCCGCGGCUUUCACAGCAGCCGCUAUCAGCCGCCGUUGCGGUACCACUAACCGCGGCGCGGUUCGGCGUUCUCCUAUCUACUACUGGUGCCUGUUCGGCCUGCGUUUGCUGGUUCUCGUUGGGUCGGGUUGGGUCGACCCAUCCCGUCCGGUCUUGACUUUCCCUCGCCAUUUUCUCCGCUGGAGCCAGACGCCUCCCCGCCACUGACUAGUCCAGGCGCACACUCCGUGCAGCCUGUGGUGACGGUUCUUGUCGUCGUGCUGCCUCUCCUGAUACUGGUUGUUAGUUAGAGGCGAUUGCCAGGCUGCAGCGGCUCAUAUAAGUCUAUUAGAAGUAUAAAGUAAUAAGUACCAAUGCUAAUGUCCAUAACGCAUCGUGUGAAACAACGUGCUUUCGUGCGUGCUACUUCUGUGUUUUUUUCGUCAUUUCGUCUGCUACCGGUGAUGAGCAAAAUAAGGUCACGGAUUGCGCCUUUUAUUAAUGUUACAGGCGGGUUUGUGGUUAAUUAGAAGAAAAGGGUAAUUUGGAAGUGGAGUAGUUCAAGUAGCACUGGCAAGCUUAUUGCCCUGAUAUCUUUAGCGAAGGAGUAGGCUAGGAGUAGAUUUACGCUGUCGUGUGUAACAAGCUAGGCAAGGUUGCGGUUCUCAUCUCGUUGUAUAAAUUUGAAAGAAAGAAACGGAAGAAGGAAGAAGACGAAAACAAAAAGCAAAGCUUUCGAGGGGUGGUUUUGCCAUCCGGAGGAUGAUCCGCAAUGAUGUCAAAGCUGGAAGAAGGUGUCAGAAAUCAUGUCCAUGAAUACACAAAGCCCUCCUGCCUAACGUCGAGACGGAAAAGAAGCAAAAUAAGGUCGUGACGAAGGACGUGCCGAUCAAAGUCAAGGAUUCCGUGAAGAUUUUUACCUGCUACCUCCCUUCAAGCCUUUCGAUAUCCCGUGCAACUUGCCUAUGUCGAAUGCGGUUCAGACGCGCACGUCGCGAAGUAUAUUAAGGCACGGAACCGCGCGUAUAGGCCUUUUGGAAGAGAAAAUCAAUGUGACGCGAUUAAGCCGACCGUGUGAGAAGCGUCGCGUUGCGUCGAUCGUGUAAAAUGUCGCGUGUCUGUAAAAGUGCGAAUGCGCUAAAUGGAUGUUUGAAGUUGUACGUCCCAUACUGUCGUUCGGCAUUGUUUUAGCCGGCAGCUGGAGAAUGCGUUGUAUUGGUUGAACUUAGCUAGUGUGAAUUGACAAGACUGAUUGUCUGUGUGUGUCUGUUCAUGUGUAUGUGAAUAUUUUAUUUGCGCUAUGCAAACGUGUAGCAGUAAUUUCUAGUUCAGAGACUGGAGCUGACAGCAGAAAUCAAACCUAUAGGAUAUCAAACGAGUACGCUAAUCAACUGUGUCUUCAUCUUCAAGAAAUUCUCCAGAAACGGUUGCAGCAGACAGGCAUCAAGAAGCGCAGUUCGUUUCGGGUCGAAGGUCACAAAUACUAACGAAAAGUUAAGCAUCUUUUCAGACAUGACAAGGUUCCCGAUGUAACCACUGACGGCACUCACGAGUACCAGAUGUAUCAUGCAUGACGCCUGUUCACUGCGCGUCCCGCAGGCCCAUGACCAAAUCGAAAUCCAGAUCCAAAUACCGAACCACGAGACCAGCCAUAACGACCAUAGCAGCAUCAAUAUUCAUAAUAAUAAUAAUAAUAAUAUUAUUGCAAACUCGAACGACCUCGGAAACGAAAAUCCGGACGAGCAGAUUAAAGUCUUGGAACCUCUUAUCGCCGUUGCCUCGCUAAGCGGCGUGGAGUGGCGAGACUACUUGUGCAGUUGUCCGGCAAAGGGCUGUGGCUUGACAUUCGCUAGCGAGCCACUUUUGCAAGAGCAUAUGCUUACAGCGCACGAUCAAAUGAUGCCACCCGAUUAUCAGGGCCUGGUAGGGCCAGGACCUCCAGGGCAUCAAGGACUCGAUGAGCCUGCAAAUCAUGAUGGGGUCUACCCGUGCCCACUCUGUGAUUCCACCUUCGAUUCAAAGGACCUUCUGGAGGAGCACAUUGACUCCCAUCAACAGGAUCGAGGAAUACUCGAAUGCGACUUCUGUGGUGUGGAGUUCCUAUCACGACUCGAACUGACAAAGCAUAUGGCAUUACACGCCCAGGAAUCGCAGGGCGAUCCCCAGUGUCAACUCUGUGGGAAGUUUUUCGCUAGCCGUGACGAGGCCAUUUUACAUCUGAAGGUGCAUUCGACACCGGGCUCACCUGGUAGCCGAAUCAUGAAGCAACGCAAAUUCAAAUGUGAACGCUGUGACCGGUCAUUUUUUACGCGUAAAGAUGUCAAACGCCACAUGGUUGUCCAUACGGGCCAAAGGAAUUUUGUCUGUCAAUACUGUCCGCAAAAGUUUGGUCGUAAAGACCAUCUCGUGCGGCACACGAAGAAAACCCACACAAACGGGACGACUGGAGGCGGCAAUAAUAACAAUAAUAAUAAUAACAACAACAACAACCCAAGUGCCACGAACAACAACACGAUCUCAGUGAGUAGCGGCCUCGUAUCAAGCAAUCAGGGAGCACUCCAAUCGAACGUUGUGGGCAACGGCAGCGGGAGCCAGGCCCUUGUGCCAAACUCAUCUGUUCCCUUAUCUGAUCCCGGUGUGAGCUCGACGACCGGGCUACUUCCACCCGAACCUGCCCCGCCCCAAAGUCCACUUCUUGGACCAUCCAUGUCGAGCCAACAGCAAGUGAUAAUGCAGUCAUCAGGUCAUUCACACCCCCACUCAUCCGCUCCCCCGGGCACCCCUGGAACCCCAGUUCUGGUUAAGGCAGAAGGAUCCGGCCAACAGCAGCAACAACAAUUGGCGUUCAGCUAUAGUGAGCUAUCACCUGCGCAGGUCGCCGGAACUGCGGCUCAAUUCCAGCUCGAUGAAGUGGUUGCCAUCCCUCAACCGCCCCAAUUGCUUACACCUCUGGCUGCAUCGACUUCGACGAUCAGCAACAGUCAUCAUCAACUUGUCGUGAACUCCCCUCCAUCGGUGACCGUCCUCCCGGCGGGUGCUGGCCUUGGCGGCUUAAACGGCGCAGGUGGCCUUAACGUCAACUUGAAUGUCAGCGUUCUUCAAUCGGGAAAGGACCCACUCGUAUCACAUCCCUCGUGGCCUGCAACUUCCUCAGCGACGCCUGCGGCCUAUCUUUCACCAUCAUUUAGCUCGUACUUUGUUGACGAUGAAAACCGCAAUGCGGUGCCUUUGACCCUAAAAGGAGGCGACCCUUUGCCGUCAAUGGCGACGCUCACAUCUUUGCCAUCCUCAUCGACGAAUGCAAUUACAACUAAUGCGGGUUUGCCCAGUAUGACAUCAGAUUUCCAUCCGAGUUCCACAUCCAAUAAUUCAUAUUUUACGCUCAUGCCGAUUAUCUCACAGAAUCCGCCUGUUGGAAUCGGCGUUGGAGUUGGAAAUUACUAUAGCGUUGGGCCAAGUUCUGGUGGAGGCCAGGGGGGACUUUCACCCCUGUCUCCGACAUCACCUCAGACGACAACCCCGUUAACUCCACCGCUAGCCGACGGCCUUGGCUCACCUUUGCCCCACUUUAGUCAAGCCUUUCAAUAAGUGCUACCCGAUGACACUCUAAUCGAAAGAUCCGUACCGAUAUCCGUGUUUCCAUGAAAGUGAAUAGGUGAAUGGUAUUUUAGUACACCAACCCCUCAAAGAGGAAAUUCACCUCAGCCAAAAACAAAGAAGUUGAGAGUUGUCAAAGUUUAUCGGCAUUGAUUCUAACGAUCGGUAUUAUGAAGCGCCUUUGAUACAGUAAGCCGAGUAGGACGUACAUAGACUUCAGACAGCAUUAUUGUUCAUAUUGUUUAGUACCAGUGCCUUACGAUUCAUGAGAUCCUGAAAAUGCAAAGGCGACAGCCCACUGCAUCUUCCGGUUUUCUUUAUAAGACUAUCGAGCAACAACAGGAGCAAACUGUUCGAUAGUCUAUGAAACGUUGGCAGUCUGUAGCCCCUGUAAGAUCACAAAAAGAUGUCUCUCCGAGGCUUCGAAUUCGCUAAUAUCUUGUAUGAUCUAAUCCUACAAAUCAUAAUUAGAAAAAAAAAACUAUUGACACAUUGCACUCUAGUAAGAGCGUGCAAGGACUGACAGUCGACAGCAACAUGUCGGCGAGGAGAAAGCCUCUACGAAUACAUAUAUACAACGUAACCUAUUUCGACUGAACUGAUUAGACAACUUUGCCUCCGUACAACUCACUGACAAAACCAAUUUUGAAGACGAAGCCGUCAGUAACCAGGCAUGCCGAUAUACAUACUGUACAGCUACUAUAUAAAAUGUUACAUUUAUAGAAUUGACCUACCUGAAUACCAUCUACCUCAUUUAGAAAGCAAUGGGCUCAAUAUUAGCUCCAGAGACACCUCACCUUAGAAAGUGAACUUUGACAACGGUGAAACGAAGUACCAAACCUCGGAGGUAUAGUUUAAAUAUUAUAGGCUAUAACUGGGGUGUUAGCAGAGCAAAGUGCAAACAGUACCUGAUCUCAUUUAGCAGAACGGCACUAGUCGACGUAUACGCAAAGAAAUAUACAGAGAAAUACAUAGGUAAACAACUAUACAAACAAUCGUACGAAGGGUACGUAAUUCAUUUAUCGGAAUUGGUCAUUAUCUCGGACAGAGAGAGGAGAUACGGGACAGUACAAUAUAGCUUGAUUGGUCAAGUCAUUUGGUAAUGUUGAUGGUCGUUAAAGUCAAUUGUUGAAUCAUAAUUCUCAUUAAACUGAAAGGUGUGUUCUUUGACGUUGAAGAUUUUCCCCAUUAACUACCUAAAUCUAACGUGGUUAGUUAUUUUACCACACUUGUUGCUGGUGGCUUUGUUACCCAACUAUGACAUAGGUCAUACAUGAGUUUAUGAGAUAAUUGAGUUCGUUCAUGCAAUGAACGAUAGAAUUUGUUGUGGCAGAUCUACAAAAUUAGGGUCCAAAAAAUUCAGAGUUUAACUCUGACCAGAUGCAAACUUUGUUUACCUUGAAAUUGUGGAAGGUGAAACAAACCACUUGACAAAAUCCCACUACUUUCUCAAAAAGCAUUAGACUCUAUUGUUUGAUCGGGAUUGAACUAUAAAUGUUCCAUGUACUGGUUCACCAUUGUUAGUUGAUUAUGAUGCGAGUACCAUAAUGAUCGAAGGCGGCCCCUUUGACUUUAAAAUGUUCAAACUGCACCUAUUAGUUCAAAAAACGUUUGUGCAACAACAAAAGAAGAUGCUGCCCCAAUCUCGGGCUAUAAAUAUACGGCAUGUUAGCGAAAGAUC